UAUAUAUACCUGUCAGCAGUCUAUUACCAGUACCUAAUGAUCCACUAUUUAUUCAUAGUGUAUCAAAAUCUCUCCUAGUUACGAGAGUAGUGACAUUAGAACGAGAGAUUUCAGUAGAAAAACUGAGAGUGAGAGUUUGGAUCAAAGAUUCAGCGGAAAUCCCAACUUUCUUCCUGCAUAUAUAUAUCUGCUUGCAUGAAACAUAUCAGAACCUUUAUCUUCAAUGGAAACAGAAGGGCUUGAAACUGUACAUACCGGCCUUGGAGGCAAUGCUGUUGUGCCUGAGGGUGGAAGUUUUUUGGAACCACCCUCGAUUGCCAAGGUUUCAGGAGAAGAAAUCUUCAGAAAACAGAUCGAUCAAGUACCAUGCCUGGUAGAAAAGAAUGAGAGACGGGCGCACGAAGAUGAGGGUUUUGACACUACAGAAGAGGGGGAAACUAAGGAGAUUGCGGAAAAGGAAAAACAAGUUGAUGAUGUUACUGGAACCAUUUUACAGAUGGAUAAGAUUGAAGGACCAUGCGUAAACAUUGAAGAAGAGGAGAAAAUAGUCAAACAUGUUGAAGCAAUGGAAGAUGGGGAGGCUGAAGUUGAAGGUAAACCAAAGAGUAUCGAGAAGGAAAUUGGCGGCCCAGAGAAAUAUGAGGAAGGAGAAAUGAAGAUAGAAGAGAGUGUUGAACUUGAAACUAGCAAUGAAGUGAGCUCAUUUGAGCCAGGCUUCAGUCAGGGAAAAGAAGCUCUGAGUCAAACCGCUGAUGCGGCAGUCAACAACCUGGACAAUCCUGAAACAGUCAAAGAAGUUUGCCAGGAGAAAGAAAUCAAAGACAGUGGCACGGGUGAUGGAACUAUAAAUGAACAGCGGAUAGAAGAAGAAAGAAAAGGAGAGAAAUCAGGGAGUUGCUCUAGUUUCUUGGAUGACAAGGGUACUGAUGUGGUCAAAGCCAUUGAAAAGACAGAAAAUGAGAAAGAGGGCACCACAUGCGAUACAAUUGGAGGGGGAACCUAUAUAGUAGAAGCAGGCAUAGACAUUCAGAAUGAAAAAGAAACAACUCCUGGAACUGGACAAGGUAUGCAGGACAAACGGAAUACAGAAGACAUCGCGACUGUCACUCAUAAAACACAAGAGACAGAAGAAAUGUACUCUCAGCAAGUAGACAAGCCUGACGAAUGCAUGGUCUCAGAAUCUGAAUCAGAGGAAAUUGUCAAUAAGAGUCCACAAGGAGAAGGUCAAAAUCUUAUCCUUGAGAAAACAGCUGAAGUUGACAGCAGUGAAGGUGAAAAUAUUAAGGAUGGGAUGAAUCCUGAACAAAAGCCUGAUGGUUUGUUUGUGAAACAUGAGGAGAACAAGCAAAGCAUACAUCAGGAUCUGGCUAUGACAGAAGAAUCAACAGAGGAAAACAGAGACAUGGAGACUCCUACUGUGAUAGCAGCUGAAAACAACACAAGUGAUGCGGUACCUAUUACCAUUACUACUGCUCAUGAUCAUUCUGUGAUAGAAGAUGACAAAAUCAUGGAUGUAGUAGCCAAUAUUGUUCCAGAGCAUAGCAAAGAGGAGAUGUCUAAGUACGAGGAUAAGAUCAAGGAAACUUUUGCACAGCAAGAUGAAGCAGCAAAUGAGAAGAUUGAAAAUUCCUUGGCAUUGAUAUCUGGGGAGAUAGAUACAGCGACUUCAAGUGAAUGCUCUGAAGCAAUUGCAUCUGCUAAAGAGGAGACACCCAUCAAAAUCCCAGGAGAAAGCUUUGAGGAUAAGAAGGAAGAGAAACCAAUUGAUGCCGAUGCUGUCGUAGACAGUGGGCUUCCAAUAGAAAAGAGUCUUCUACCAACGGACUUGAAUGAGAAGAUUGAAGACGCAGGACUUGAGCUUCAAUACAAGAAUUCCAGUGAGUUGCACUUAAGUCAUUCGUUGGAACAAGAAACAAUACCAGUACAAGACGAAAAACAGCCAAAACUCUCUGAUUUUGAACCUCAAGAACAAGAUCAUGAAGAAAAUGGACCAUCUAAAGAGUUGGAAAAACAUGCUGAAGAUGCCUCUGAAGCAUGUGAAAGCAUGCAGAACACCAGUUUAGAGAAUCCGUCUGCCGAAGGGGCAAUAACAACAGAAGUGAACUCAAAAGCAAAUGAAAUGGCUGUUGAGAAGGAGGAAAAGAUCCAUGAAUUGGAAUCCGAGGAAAAGUUAGCGAUCGAUGAUGCUGGGACUAACUUGGAAGAGGAGAUGCAAAAGAAGGAAGAAGCCCAUGAUGAACAGGCAUAUCAAAUGGCAACAAGUGAUAAAAUUGAAGAAGUAACCUCAGAUGAAGUUUGCAGUAGAGAAUUUGUUGACAAAAACGUAGAGCGCAGUGUUCAAGCAGCAGCUUUUCAGGAGGCAGAAACACCAUCAAAAAACGGAGUUGGAGAGAAUUACGAAAUGAGUAGCAUAGUAAACGAAGAGGUGAUUGAUGAACCUAAUAUCACAGACAUUGGAGAGGUCAUUGAUGAAGAGAAAAUUAAAGAUGAUGCAACACACCUUUCAUCAGAACUAGUCUUUGAUGAAAAGUUAGUUGAGAGCUCCCAAGACAAUGAAACAGAGGCAGAGAUGUCAAAAGGAGAUGGCGUUGAAGAACAGAUGAUGAAAGACGACAAUGCUAAGGUCAUCUUACAAGAAUCUAUUCAAGAAGCCUCGGUUAAUGACUUCCAAAAUGAUUUGAAGAAUGCUGAAAAGUCCAGCAGAGAGAUGUCUGAAGUGUCCGAGGCGGAAGAAAAGGAUGAGACAAACAAUAAUGAUGAAAGCCCCGACUUAACUCUACAGGCUUCACUACUAAAAGAACGGGAAAGUUUGCAAACUGAAAAUCUUACUGCAGAAGCAGAGGAAAAAGAUGAAGACGGAUCUUCUAUCAGAAAGGAUGAAGAUGAAAACAAUGAUGAUGGGCUAAAAGAGGUUAAGGAGUGUAGUGAGAAAGAGACAUUGAAAGGUGAAGAAGAUGUAGAACAAAUAUCGCCAAUGAAAGAGCCAGGAGAAGAUCUUGAAAGUUCAGCUAGCAUGAUAUCUGCACAAACCGAGGAAGUUGAUUUAAAUAAAACGACUCAGAAAACGGAGGAAGAGAUGGAUGAGGGUAUUGAAGGCGUCAAAAAGCCGGCAGAAACUCGAAAAGAAGAUGGCGAGGAACAGGCCAUUGAUGAGAACGACGCCAAAAGCAUCCCAGUAAAAUCUAUCAAGGAAGUUACAAUUAGCGAACUGCCGAAUGAUGAAAAUAAUGCUGAGGAGUUCAAAAGAGAGAUUUCUGAGGAAUCUGUGGCAGCUGGAACAAAUGAGAGUAUUGCAGAUGCGACGUAUCAGAAUGAUGGAACAACCCCCAAUGCAGCUCUUGAAACUUCGACAGGGAAAGAGACAUUGAAAGUUGAAGAAAAUGUAGAAAAAAUUUCGCCAAUGAAAGAGCCAGGAGAAAAUCUUGAGAGUUCAGCUAGCAUGAUAUCUGCACAAACCGAGGAAGUUGAUUUGAAAAAAACGACUCAGAAAACGGAGGAAGAGAUGGAUGAGGGUAUUGAAGGCGUCAAAAAGCCGGCAGAAACUCGAAAAGAAGAUGGCGAGGAACAGGUCAUUGAUGAGAACGACGCCAAAAGCAUCCCAGUAAAAUCUAUCAAGGAAGUUACAAUUAGCGACCUGCCGAAUGAUGAAAAUAAUGCUGAGGAGUUCAAAAGAGAGAUUUCUGAGGAAUCUGUGGCAGCUGGAACAAAUGAGAUUAUUACAGAUGCGACGUAUCAGAAUGAUGGAACAACCCCCAAUGCAGCUCUUGAAACUUCGACAGCGAAGGAGACAUUGAAAGAUGAAGAAGAUGUAGAACAAAUAUCGUCAAUGAAUGAGCCAGGAGAAAAUCUUGAAAGUUCAGCUAGCAUGAUAUCUGCGGAACCCGAGGAAGUUGAUUUGAAUAAAACGACUCAGAAAACUGAGGAAGAGAUGGAUGAGGGUGUUGAAGGCGUCAAAAAGGAGGCAGAAACUGGAAAAGAAGAUGGCGCGGAACAGGUCAUUGAUGAGAACGACGCUAAAAGCAUCCCAGUAGAAUCUAUCGAGGAAGUUCCAGUUAGCAAACUGCUGAAUGAUGAAAAUAAUGCUGAGGAGUUCAAAAGAGAGAUUUCUGAGGAAUCUUUGGCAACUGGAACAAAUGAGAGUAUUAUAGAUGCAACGUAUCGGAAUGAUGGAAGCCCCAACGCAGCCCUUGAAACUUCAACAGUGAAACAAGUGGAAAUUGUGCAGGGUGAGGGUAAGGACACAAUUCCAGCAGAAGCUUCGCCAGAAGAGGAGGAAGAACAUGAUCGGGCUAGAGGGUUUAAAAGGGUUGGAGAUAAUUCCAGAGAAAUCAAGCUGGAGGAGGAUCUAGAGAAGAGUGACGAGGAAACAUCCAAAAAAAUUGAUGCUGUUGCACAUGAGACAAAUCAGCACAUUGAAUUCCCUAACUCGACUCUGGAAACUUCACCAGUAGAAGAACAGGAAAGCGUGCAAACAGAUAACCUAACCCCAGAAGAAACUUCACCAGAAGAGAAAAAAUAUGAGGAUGGAUCUUCCUACAAAAAGGAUGAAGACAAGGAGAAGAACACUGGACUAGCCGAAGAGACACGGAAUGCCGGGGAAACAUUGAAGGCUGAAGAAAGUUUAGAGCAAAUUUUGCAGGAUAAUAAAUUGAUAGAAAAUCCCAAACAAUCAAUCAACAUGAUAUGUGCAGAAACUGAGGCAGAUGCUUUCAGUAAAAUGGUUGAUAACCAAGAAGAAGAAAUAGUUGAGAUUCCUCGAGGAAAUGCAGAGGCAGAAUUGCUCAAAGAAGAAAAUAUCGAGGUACAUGUCGUAGAAGAGAGCAAUAUCAAUAGCCUGUCACAAGAAUCCGCUGAAGAAAGUCUAAUUAAGGACUUCCAGAAUGCUGCAAAGAAUUCUGAGAAGUCCACCGAGGAGAUGUUAGAGUCUCAAAUAGCUGGAGGUGAUGAAACAAAUACGAAUGAUGAAGACUGCAGCUCAAGUCUUACCAUUUCCGUGGAUAAAAUAGAUGAAAGUUUCGAGGGUGAGGAUAAGAACAUCACUACAGCUAAGGCUUCAACACAUGAUGAAAAAGAAGAGCAUGGAUCUUUGGACAGAGCAGACGAUGGAAAUGAUAGCAAUCCUGACCUAACUGUGACUAACCUGGACAGCGCAAGGGAAGCAUCGAAGGUCCAAGAAGAUUCUGAACAAGAAUUGCAGAGAAUUGAACCAGGAGAACCUGAAGAGCCAUCAACUGUAAUGGCUGCUGAAACUGAGGCAGGCACUUUGAGUGACAAGAUUGAUGAUGUUACAAGCCAGGAAGAAGUCGUCACAGUCCCAAACAUUGAAGAAACCGUAGAGAAAGAAAAGAAGGAAGAGCAUGGACCUUUAGACAGAGCAGAUGACGAAAAUGAUAGCAAUCCUGACCUAACUGUGACUAACCAGGACAGCGCAAGGGAAGCAUCCAAGGUCCAGGAAGAUUCUGAACAAGAAUUGCAAAGAAUUGAACCAGGAGAACCUGAAGAGCCAUCAACUGUAAUGGCUGCUGAAACUGAGGUGGGCACUUUGAGUGACAAGAUUGAUGAUGUUACGAGCCAGGAAGAAGCGGUCAACAUCCAAAACAUUGCAGAAACCGUAGAGAAAGAAAAGAAAAAAGAGCAUGGACCUUUGGACAGAGCAGAUGAUGGAAACGAUAGCAAUCCUGACCUAACUGUGACUAACCUGGACAGCGCAAGGGUAGCAUCGAAGGUCCAAGAAGAUUCUAAACAAGAACUGCAGAGAAUUGAACCAGGAGAACCUGAAGAGUCAUCAACUGUUAUGGCUGCUGAAACUGAGGCGGACACUUUGAGUGACAAGAUUGAUGAUAUUACAAGCCAGGAAGAAGUUGUCACCAACCAAAACAUUGAAGAAACCAUUGAGAAAGAAAAGAAAGAAGGAAGUGAAGAUAUAGAUGUGACCCAAGUUAAAAGAGCUGUAAUGGAGGAGGAUCUCAAAUUAGUUGCAGAAGCAUCUGAUGCAAACAAAAGCGUGGAGAAUGAUGCGGAGGAUGAAAAUAUUAUAUCAGGUGGAAAAGAAGUUGAAACAGUCGGAAAGAAAUUUGAAUUGGACUCCAUACAGAAGCUGGAGGUUGAAGAGAAGAGGGAGAAUACAGAAGAGGAAACAAAGAAUGAAGACGUCAAAGAGGUAUGUGGAGAUACCAAGCUUGGCAGCUUGAGUGUGGAUGCUGAAAAACACGUCACAACUGAAGAACACGCCAAUACAGAUAUCUCACCACAAACCACUGGAGAAAAAACAGCUGAGGAAAAAGCAAAAACUGUAAAGGAGAUGGAAGAAUCAGUGAUAACCAGUGUAGAUGAGGACGCUGAGAAAAAGGUUCCAGAGGAGGAAAGUGCUAUUAAUGACCAGUCUAGGAUUAUAUACAAAGGUGACGAAUCAGGAAUGUUGGUAGAACAAGAGGUACAUGAGAUUAUUCAAACAGCUGAGUAUGGGGAUAUUGGAAAACAAGGUAGUGUUAUUAAGGACAGCUAUGAGUUACCUCUAAGCAGCACAAAUGAAGAGAAUCCUCUACACAAGGAAACAGAAGAUGAAAGUGAUAAAGUAAAGCCAUACGAAGAGGUUAAGGACUCAAAAUCUGAAUUCACUGAACCGUUUGAAGCCAGAGGUUCAGUGGACAGGCAAGAAUUUGAGACCUUAAGGGGCAAACAAGGACCAAAUAGUGACAUCUACCUUGUAAAAGCAUCUGAAGGAGUUUCAGAAAAAGAAAGCAAUAAAGGCCCCAUUGAAAUCUCCUACUUAGAGUCUGAGAGUAAAGGAGAAAUCUUGGAAGAAGUUCAGCCUGAUGUUAAUGAUUCUAGCUCAGAACUUACAACAGGAAUUACAAGAGAAACGAGCUUUAAGGAAGCUGAACCAGAAGAUAGAAGGCAAAUAGAGAGUUUCGAACCAGCUCCUCAAGAGAAGGGACCAGUGACAGAGAGCACGGAAAGAACUACACUGGAAAGUGUGGAUAUUGAUGCCAAACCAGAGGAUUCCAACUUUAUUGAGAAUGAGGACCAUGGGAUUCCAGCAGCCAGUGAAGCAGAAGAGCUAGAGAAUGAAAUGCAUGAGGAAACUCCAAUAACAGGAAGCGAAGAUUACAAAGAGGAGACCACUAAUGAGACAUCUCAAGGUGAUGUUUUAGAUGAUAAGCAGGUGGAAUGCUCUACAAUGCUACCUAAAGAACCUGAGCUCAUGACCAAUGAAGGAAACAAGGCAACAGAUGAGAAUUCAACAACAUAUGAAAACAUAGAAACUCCCCAGAAUCCACAGGAAAUAGAAAUCAUUUUAAAGGAAGAUAUGCCCAUCAAUGCAAGAGAUGCCUCUAAAUCAGUGGAUCCUAGAAUAGAAAGUAUAAAGGAAGAAGUUGGGUCUUACCAAUUCGACAGUCUGAACGAGCAUCAUGAGCUAGACAAUGAAAAACAAGAAGGCGUAGACAUCUCAAAAUCAUCAGAAGUAAGAGACCUAGCCAAUCAGGGAGAGAUUUGCAAGCUGAUGAAUUUGGAAGAUGAGUAUUCAACAAAUGAAGGAGAUGAGGCAUUAAAGUGUAUUGAAGCAACCAGUGCAGAAAGAAAAGAGGCUAUCCUGGAAGAAGAUAACUCUACUAAGAAAUAUGAAGAUAGCUUAGCAGAUAAUGUUGAAGCAAACAAAGCAGCAUUUGAGCUCGAAGAAGGAACCAACAACCAAGAGCAGGCUAUUGGCACCAAAGACUAUGGAGUUCUAGCAGAAGAGAAUUUUGAAGUAUCUGAAUCUGGUAAGAAGCUUGAAGGUGUCUCUGAAUCUGAGACUGGAGAUCAAAGCAGCCAAAAGAUCCCUGAGACAGAUCCAGGUAAAGUUGAGAACAUUACUGAAAUUCAGAAUAAGAGUUUGAAAUCUGUAGAACAAAGUUCCCUAGAAUCCCAAGAAGUUCGAGAGGAGACAGGUGAGAAAACAGAGCCGAGAUUUGAGACUGAAGGUGAUGUCAAGGAAACACAAAACACAGAUGAGACUGUAAAGGAUGUCUUGUUAACUGAAGAGGUACACGAAAAAGUUGACAAAGCUGGUAAUGAAACUCUCAAAUGCACGGAAAAGGAUGUAAAUGACACCCUGGAACCUGGUGCUAAAUCCACUGAAGAUGAAAGGGUUCAUGAGCAGGUAAAAGAAUCCAGCCUUAUAGCUGAGGAAUGCCAUGAAGCAACAGAGUCUAAUGAACAAGCAGCAAUUAUGAACUCAGACUUUCAAGAGACACCAACCAUGGAGGAGAUGUCACUUGGAAAAGCAAUAAAUGAUGAAGAUAAUGGGAUGACUGCUGUUCUCUCUACCACCAAACCAGCUGAAGAGUCAAAUGAAAUGAUAAAGAUUAUAAAGGAAGAAGAUAGUUGUUGUGACAAGAUCAAGGCAACAACUAUGGUAGAGAUAACAAAGACUAGCUUGGAAGAAGCUCAGCUGGAUGAAAAGCCGGUACAAGUAUCUAAUAUUACCUCAAAUGAUGGCGUUUCUCUUGAAAUUGAAGCUGAAGCAUGCCAACAAGAAAAAAUCAAAGAUAACAUGGGACUUGAGUUACCCUCAAACUUGGCAUCUCCAAUUCCAAUUGAUGAUCACGAUAACAUAAUGAGGGAGCAGGUAGUCAAAGAAAGCGCAGAUGCAGAUGAUGUUCAAGAAAAUGAAAGAGCUUCUGAUGUAGCGUAUGAAUCCAAAGAUCAUGGUACUGAAGAGCUGUUCACAAGCAAAAUUAAAGAGGAAAAUGAGAAAUCCUCAGAAAUAGUUGAAUCUCUAGGUGUUGAAGCAGCAGCAAAUGAAAUUGCUAUUGACCAGAAUCCCCCAGAAGUUGUAUCAAAAGAAGAGCAAGGAAUUUCAGCAACAACUGAAAGAAGGGAAGAAAAUAUGAAGGAUGUGGAGUUGCUGGAAGAUGAUUUGAGAAACACAGAAGAGGUGCCCUUGCAAAAGGAUGAUUGUAGGGAACGUGACAUCUCUCAAUUAGAGCUUCAAUCCAAUAAAGAUAUACAGAAUCAGAGUCCAAAGGAGGUACUACAAGAAGAAUGUGAAACUCCUGAUGAAACUAAAGAAGAAAUCAAGGAAGGUUCAAAAUUAGUAUCCAUUACUAAUUCUCAAGGUUUUGAAGCACUAAAAGAAGAUGAGAGUACUUCAGGUCAGAUUGUCCCGCAAGAGAAAUUAAAAGAGCAAAAUCAGAUGCUGGCAGCGGCAUUACUUUCUAAGGAAAAGGAUUGUGGGAAUGAAAUGAUUAUUGAGAACAUUGAAGAGUGUGUGCAAGUGGAAAUACCAACCGAUCCACAAAAUUAUUCUCCAACAAAGAUAAAAGAAGAUACAUGCUUGCAUAAAGAAGAGACCAACAAGCUUGAAGUCUCAGGAUUUGGGGUUGAACUCAACACAGGCAUGCAGAAUGAUAGAGUGAAUGAAAUCCAAGUAGAAGAAAGUAAGAGCCCGGAUGAUGCCUCAAAAUUACAGACACCAGAAUAUGAAACAAGCAAAGAAGCUUUUGAAUCUAUGUCAGAAGCUCAUGGCCACAAAGGCUUCACUGCAUCAGAAGAAACUGAAAUCGAAGAAAAGCAUCUAGAGGUAGCAAUAACUGAUUUGGCAGCAGAAGAGGAUCGGAGUGAGAAAAUAAUUGAUGCAGCUGAAAUCAUACAUGAUGAGGUAAUAGAAGAAGGAACAUUUGAAAGAACCUCCAAUCUCAAGCCUGAGUUAAGCAAAGAAGCAUUCAAAUCUAUUUCAGAAGUGCAUGGACAUGAAGCUCUCGCUGAAUCAGAAGUUACUGAAAUCAAAGAAAAGCAUCCUGAGGUAACAGUAACUGAUAUGGCUGCAGAGGAAAAUCAGAGUGAGAGAACGAUUGACGCUACUGAAAUCAUACACGAUAAACUCAAAAGUGAAGAGCUAACCAAGAGGGAAAACCAACAGAUCAUGGAGGAAAAGGAAGGUGCCAAAAAUGGUGACCUAGUAACCCUUGUUGAAGAAACAACUAAAGAGUGUCAGGAAAAGCAUGAGCUGAAGGCUGAGGAAAGUCUAGGCGAUGAGGGAACACACAAAGACAUUCAAAAUGAAGAGUUAUACAAGGAAGUUGAAAAGGCUGAUGGAGAUGAAAAGCAGAUGGAUACUGAAAGAAUCAUUGAGCACCUUCACCUAGCUGCUGCUGACAAUGAGACUAUGAAGGAGUCCUUUCUGGAUGAAGCAGGAUCGGAGUUGCACGUUGAAAAUCAGAUCUGUGAGACAGCUUUUGGAAAUGAUGGCAGAACAGAAGCUGCAAAUGUAAAAGAAGAGGAAAUGGAUGUAGAGAUAUCACAAAAAGAAGUCCCCACGGAUCUUGUAGAAGCCAAUGAAGCCACCCGAGACAUUCAUGAGGAGGAGGAAACCUCUAAAACCACUACCGAGCACAUUGAAGAGCAUGUUAAAGAAGUGGAAAUAGAAGUUGAUGAACAUCCUUCUGCACCAAAGACAACAGAAAACACAUGCUCGCAAAAAGAAGAGACUAAAGAGCAGGAAGUAUGUGGUUCGGGAGUUGAAUGCAGCACAGACAUGCAGAAGAACGGUUCAAAUGAAUUCAAAGAGGAAGAAGGCAGGACACCAGAUGAAGAUUCAACACUACAGCCUCGAGGAUACGAAAACAAGAUAAAAGAUAAAGAAUAUCUACCAGAAAGUAACAAGAUGACAGAAAUAACAGAAACAGGAGCAUUUGAAAAAACCUCCGAUCUCAGGGCUGAGACAAGUGAAGAGGCUUUCAAAUCUGUGUCAGAAGUUCAUGAACACGAAGUUCUCGCUGAGUCAGAACAUGCUGAAAUAAAAAAAGAAAAGCAUACAGUGGCUGCAUUAACUGAUUUGGUGGCAAGGGAAAAUCAGAAUAAGAAAACAAUUGAUGCAACUGAAGUCGUGCAUGAUGAACUCACAAAUGAAGAGCUGACCAAGCAGGACAAACAACAGUUCAAGGAGGAAAAAGAAGAUACCAAGGAUUGUAAUCCAAUAAACCUUGGCGAAGAAACAACUAAAGAAAGCCGCCAAAUAUAUGAUCUGAAGGCUGAAAAAAGUCAGGAAGACAAGAUGGAAAAUGAAAUUCAGAAUGAAGAGGUAAGCAACGAGAGUGGCGAAUACCUUCACCAAACUGCUGUCGAGAUCAACGAGAACUUUCCAGAUGAAGCAUUGGUAGAGAAUGCUGAGGAUAUGGGAACUAAGCUGCAGGUUGAAAACCAUAGCGAUGAGAAAAUUUCUGCAUGUGACAGAACAGAAGCCACAACAAUAACAAACGAGGAAUUUGGCACAGAGAUAUCAGAAAAGGAAAGCCUCCAAGCUCCUGCAGAAGCCUAUGAAACCACACUAGACAUUCAUCAGGGAGAGAGAGACUGUGAUUCAACUUCUGAAAAGCCAAUUCCAAUAGAAGCAGAACCCCAAGAAACCACAGAGAGGAAGAAAGAUGCUCCACAAGUGCUGCUGCAGGAGCCGAUUGUUGAAGCCACGCAGGGUGCUGGAGUAGGAGAAUCGGAACCUGGAAAAGCUACAGGAAUCGUUGAUGCACAAGGAUUCGAGCACAAAGCAGAGAGAAGUAUUGGUGAGGAGAAUAUAAGAGGGAAUGAUGAAGGUACGUCAGCAAAGACUUCUUUAUUUGACAUGAUGCAGAGCUCCACAAGAGAAAGGCAAGUGGGGGGAGACCUGACAGAAGAAACAAGAGCGGAAGGAGAGAAGACAAAAUCAAACGAAGAAAAGGAGGAGGAGGAGGAGGAGGAAGGAGAGGAACACAAAAAGACAGACUCAGGCUCCGAUGCUCCAGUCAUGGUAGAAGCAUCUAGGGAUAUAGUAGAUGUGAAGGUUGCAAGCAAAAAGCACUAUAAUAUACUAUCAGGUGUUGGAUCAAAAGUGAAGAACUCAAUUUCUAAGGUGAAGAAAGCCAUUACAGGCAAGUCUUCUCAUCCAAAACAACAUUCACCAAAAGGAAGCACAAGCAAGACAUAGCAUGGUUUACUUUCGGAAAUAUGUUCAAGGUUCAGGUGUGGGAGCUUUUGUAUAUACAGGAGUUUAUGUUUUCAGAUUCUGGGAAUUUUAAUGUUGUGAGCUUUUGAGAUACAACUCGAAUGUUUGUAGUAGAAGUACAUGAAAAUCUCUGGUUUGAUGUCA